AUGUUGCCCUUCUCUUCUCGGGAGGGUAAGACAGUGUACCGUGUGUUUGAUACUAGUCUCACCCACCUGACUGUGCACCACCGGACGGGCGAUGUGUUUGUGGGCGCUGUCAACAAGGUGCUGAAGCUGUCAGCCAAUCUGACGGAGCUGAGGAGUCACAUGACCGGACCGGUGGAGGACAACGCCAAGUGUUACCCCCCGCCCAGUGUCCGAGCCUGCGCACACAGACUGGAGUCUUCAGACAAUGUGAACAAGUUAUUGUUGGUGGACUAUGCUGGGAACAGACUGGUGGCCUGUGGUUCUAUCUGGCAGGGUGUCUGCCAGUUCCUCAGACUGGAGGACCUUUUCAAACUGGGAGAGCCUCACCACCGCAAAGAGCACUACCUGUCUGGAGCUCGCGAGGCCGACGGCAUGGCAGGUGUUGUCAUCAGUGUACUGCAGCUCAAUGAUGGAUGGAGCCGUCUGUUUAUCGGCGCCGCAAUUGAUGGAAAAUCUGAAUAUUUCCCGACACUGUCGAGCCGGAAGCUGGUGGAGGACGAGGAGAACGUCAACAUGUUCUCUCUGGUCUACCAGGACGAGUUUGUCUCCUCACAGAUCAAAAUCCCCUCUGACACGCUGUCCCUCUAUCCUGCCUUUGACAUCUACUACGUCUAUGGCUUCUCCAGCCGGACGUACGUCUACUUCCUGACGCUGCAGCUGGACACGCAGCUGACCCAGAUGGAUGCUGCCGGUGAGAAGUUUUUUACCUCCAAGAUCGUGCGGAUGUGCUCCAAUGAUACUGAGUUUUAUUCCUACGUGGAGUUCCCGCUGGGCUGCACCAAGGACGGGGUGGAGUACCGACUGGUCCAGGCCGCCUACAAACAGAAGCCGGGCCGCCGGCUUGCGCAGGCGCUGGGUCUUUUUGAGGACGACGAUGUCCUCUUUGUCGUCUUCUCCCAGGGUCAGAAGAACCGGUCCAACCCGCCUAGAGAGACGGUUCUGUGUCUGUUCACUCUGCACCACAUCAACCUGGCCAUGAGGGAGAGGAUCCGCUCCUGCUACCGAGGAGAAGGCAAACUGUCCCUGCCGUGGCUGCUCAACAAGGAGCUGCCCUGCAUACACACACCGAAGCAGAUUGGAGAUGACUUCUGUGGUCUGGUGCUGAACCAGCCGCUGGGCGGGCUGCAUGUGAUUGAGGGGACGCCACUAUACGAGGACCGGACGGAGGGCAUGGGCGCCGUGGCGGCGUACACCUACGGAGAACACACCGUGCUGUUUGUGGGAACACGAAGUGGACAGUUGAAGAAGGCCUGCAUGCCCAACUACACCUGCCUCUUGGCUGACCGACUCAAGACUCUUGGAAACCUUCUCUACACUUCUUAA